AUGACAGAAUAUCAACGAACUGAAUACUACGUAGAUAAGAUUUUGAGUGAUAAAGAGAUAAUUAGUGGAAAUUUUAAUGAGGGAACUUCAAAUAUAGCUCUUCAAAUGAUACCAGAUAGUCCUCCUACUAUGUUUGUUAGCGCAAAUUCCUCCCCUAUAGGUCAUAUAUCAUUAGAGAGGAAUGAGGAUCAUGUUGAUAAAAUCAGUACAAUAUUUAAUAGAAUAAAUGAAGAAGUGAAGGACCAUAAUAUUAAAUACUUAAGAAAUACAGAUGUAAAUAAUCUAAAUAACUUACUCCCUCCCAGCUUAUUAAAUGGUGCUCAUGAAACUUUUAUAUUUAAAAACUCCAGUCUCUCUAAUUUGGAAUCUUUAUUUUCAAUUCAACCAAAUAUUUUUGCAAGUACCAUUAAACCAACCUAUCUAAAUAAUCUAUUAAAUAGUUGUUAUUACCAAAUGAUGGUGUAUAAUAUAUAUUAUAAUUUAGGUCUUUGCUCAUCAAUUCUAUCUCCUUAUAAUUUGUACACGGGAUAUACAGGAUCUGUUAAUCCAGAGCCAAUAAUCUCAACAUCUAGAGAUAAUACGGCUAAUGUUAGUACUCCUAAUCAAUGUACUUUAGUUCCAACGCAACCCCAAAAUAAUCAACAAACCUCUGAUAAUAAUAGAAGUUUGGUGAGUAUAUUAGCUGAACUUGGUUGUAAGCAAGAAUUUAACAUUACAACUAAGCCAAAAGUAAAAUGUGAUACUAGUCCAAAUAAUUCCUUAUUAGAUAAAGUUUCCACUGAAUCUCAUAGCUCAGUUUGGAGAUAUUGCGACAAUAAUUUAGACUUAAAGUCUUACUCUAAGGCUACCAUAAAGGGCAAACAAAAAAAUUUAGUUAGGACUUCAUCUAAUAAAUCUUCAAAGAAACAAUGUAAAUCACUUUCUGGAGGAAGAAGGAAGAUUGAUAAAAGCUCUGCUGUUUGUACUAUAUGUGGCACAACUGAGACAUCCCAAUGGCGUUUUUUGAAUACAUCUGAUAUAUAUAAAACCCAUAGUAUGAGCAAUACCAAUAAUUUGGAAAAUUCAAUUUCUCAGGAUACUCCCUUUUUGGAUAAGCAGAUCUGCUGCAACGCAUGUUAUAUGAAAUAUGACCGCAAUAGACCAAGAUAUAGAAGUGGUAAAAAGGUACCCCCUCCACUACCUCAUUAUGUAUACUUAUAUAAACAAAAUAUGCAAGAAAAUCAAGUGAAGGAGCAGAGUGAGGUUAAUUUACCAGAUAAAUAA